AAAAGCCGGAUCCUGGGCGGCCGCGGGCGGCGGGAGCGCGGGCGCGGGUGGAGCGUUCGGGAGUGCAGCGUCGCUGAGCCGGAGCAGAGGUCCCUCUGUAGCCAUGUCCGCCAAGGCCAUUUCAGAGCAGACGGGCAAAGAGCUCCUCUACAAGUACAUCUGCACCACCUCGGCCAUCCAGAACCGCUUCCAGUAUGCCCGGGUCAGCCCUGACACGGACUGGGCCCGCCUGCUACAGGACCAUCCGUGGCUGCUGAGCCAGAGCCUGGUGGUCAAGCCUGACCAACUGAUCAAGCGGCGGGGGAAGCUGGGCCUGGUUGGUGUCAACCUCAGUCUCGACGGAGUCAAAUCCUGGCUGAAGCCAAGGCUGGGACAGGAAGCCACCGUGGGCAAGGCCAGGGGUAUCCUCAAGAACUUCCUGAUCGAGCCCUUCGUGCCGCACACUCAGGCGGAGGAGUUCUAUGUGUGCAUCUACGCCGCCCGCGAGGGGGACUAUGUCCUCUUCCACCAUGAGGGAGGCGUCGACGUGGGUGAUGUGGAUGCCAAAGCCCAGAAGCUGCUGGUCGGCGUGGAUGAGAAGCUGUGCACCGAGGACAUCAAGAAACACCUGCUGGUCCAUGUGCCUGAGGACAAGAAAGAGGUCCUGGCCAGCUUCAUCUCCGGCCUCUUCAACUUCUACGAGGACCUGUAUUUCACCUACCUCGAGAUCAACCCCCUGGUUGUGACCAGAGAUGGCGUCCAUGUCCUUGACUUGGCGGCCAAGGUGGACGCUACUGCGGACUACAUCUGCAAAGUGAAAUGGGGCGACAUUGAGUUCCCUCCCCCAUUUGGGCGUGAGGCCUACCCUGAGGAAGCCUACAUCGCAGACCUCGACGCCAAAAGCGGGGCCAGCCUGAAGCUGACCUUGCUGAACCCCAAGGGCAGGAUCUGGACCAUGGUGGCAGGGGGUGGCGCCUCCGUGGUGUACAGUGACACCAUCUGUGACCUGGGGGGUGUUAAUGAGCUGGCCAACUACGGGGAGUACUCAGGCGCACCCAGCGAGCAGCAGACCUAUGACUAUGCCAAGACCAUCCUGUCGCUCAUGACGCGCGAGAAGCACCCCGACGGCAAGAUCCUGAUCAUCGGCGGCAGCAUUGCCAACUUCACCAAUGUGGCCGCCACCUUCAAGGGCAUCGUGAGAGCAAUUCGGGAUUACCAGGGUCCCCUGAAGGAGCAUGAGGUCACCAUCUUCGUCCGGAGAGGUGGCCCCAACUACCAGGAGGGCUUGCGGGUGAUGGGCGAAGUUGGGAAGACUACGGGCAUCCCCAUCCAUGUCUUCGGCACAGAGACUCACAUGACGGCCAUCGUGGGCAUGGCCCUCGGCCACCGACCCAUCCCCAACCAGCCCCCCACGGCAGCCCACACCGCCAACUUCCUGCUCAACGCCAGCGGAAGCACAUCGACUCCAGCCCCGAGCAGGACGGCAUCUUUCUCUGAGUCCAGGGCUGAGGAGGUAGCACCUGCGAAGAAGGCCAAGCCAGCUGUGCCGCAAGAUUCAGACCCAAGCCCAAGACCCCUACAAGGAAAGAGUGCCACCCUCUUCAGCCGCCAUACCAAGGCCAUCGUGUGGGGCAUGCAGACCCGGGCUGUGCAGGGCAUGCUGGACUUUGACUACGUGUGCUCCCGCGAUGAGCCCUCAGUGGCCGCCAUGGUCUACCCCUUCACGGGGGACCACAAACAAAAAUUCUACUGGGGCCACAAGGAGAUCCUGAUCCCCGUGUUCAAAAACAUGGCGGAUGCCAUGAAGAAGCACCCCGAGGUGGACGUGCUGAUCAACUUCGCCUCCCUGCGCUCAGCCUACGACAGCACCAUGGAGACCAUGAGCUAUGCCCAGAUCCGCACCAUCGCCAUCAUAGCCGAAGGCAUCCCCGAGGCCCUCACGCGGAAGCUCAUCCAGACAGCAGAGCGGAAAGGGGUGACCAUCAUUGGCCCCGCCACCGUGGGAGGCAUCAAGCCGGGCUGCUUUAAGAUUGGGAACACAGGCGGGAUGCUGGACAACAUCCUGGCCUCCAAGCUGUACCGGCCGGGCAGCGUGGCCUACGUGUCGCGCUCAGGGGGCAUGUCCAACGAGCUCAACAACAUCAUUUCCCGGACCACAGAUGGUGUCUACGAGGGCGUGGCGAUUGGUGGGGACAGAUACCCCGGCUCCACCUUCAUGGACCACGUGCUGCGCUACCAGGACACCCCAGGGGUCAAGAUGAUCGUGGUACUGGGCGAGAUUGGAGGCACUGAGGAGUACAAGAUCUGCCGUGGCCUCAAGGAGGGCCGCCUCACCAAGCCCGUGGUGUGCUGGUGCAUUGGGACCUGCGCCACCAUGUUCUCAUCUGAGGUCCAGUUUGGCCACGCCGGAGCCUGUGCCAACCAGGCGUCUGAAACCGCGGUGGCCAAGAACCAGGCCUUGAAGGAGGCGGGCGUGUUUGUGCCGCGCAGCUUCGAUGAGCUUGGCGAGAUCAUCCAGUCCGUCUAUGAGGAUCUCGUGUCCAGAGGCGUCAUCGAGCCUGCCCAGGAGGUGCCACCCCCCACGGUGCCCAUGGACUACUCCUGGGCGAGGGAGCUGGGUCUUAUCCGCAAGCCCGCCUCGUUCAUGACCAGCAUCUGCGACGAGCGUGGCCAGGAGCUCAUCUAUGCCGGCAUGCCCAUCACAGAGGUCUUCAAGGAGGAGAUGGGCAUCGGCGGAGUCCUGGGCCUGCUGUGGUUCCAGAGGAGGCUGCCCAAGUACUCCUGCCAGUUCAUUGAGAUGUGCCUGAUGGUGACAGCUGACCACGGGCCCGCAGUGUCGGGGGCCCACAACACCAUCAUCUGCGCCCGGGCCGGGAAGGACUUGGUCUCCAGCCUCACCUCGGGGCUGCUCACGAUUGGGGAUCGCUUUGGGGGCGCCCUGGAUGCAGCUGCUAAGAUGUUCAGCAAAGCCUUCGACAGCGGCAUGAUCCCCAUGGAAUUCGUGAACAAGAUGAAGAAGGAGGGCAAGCUCAUCAUGGGCAUCGGCCACCGUGUGAAAUCGAUCAACAACCCAGACAUGCGGGUGCAGAUCCUGAAGGACUUCGUGCGGCAGCACUUCCCCGCCACCCCGCUGCUGGACUACGCCCUGCAGGUGGAGAAGAUCACCACCUCCAAGAAGCCGAACCUGAUCCUGAACGUGGACGGCCUCAUUGGGGUGGCGUUCGUCGACAUGCUCAGGAGCUGCGGCUCCUUCACUCGGGAGGAGGCCGACGAGUACAUCGACAUUGGAGCCCUCAAUGGCAUAUUUGUGCUGGGCCGCAGCAUGGGCUUCAUUGGGCACUACCUGGAUCAGAAGAGGCUGAAGCAAGGGCUCUAUCGCCACCCGUGGGACGACAUCUCCUACGUCCUCCCGGAACACAUGAGCAUGUAGCCAGCCCGGGGCCUGCGGUGAGGACAGCAGCUCCUGGACCCAGCACGCAGGCAGCUGGCCGCUGCGGGACGGGCCCGGCGAGGCCCGAGAUCAGACCCCAGGCCGGCAACACGCAGUCCUAUGGAGCGGCUCACUACUUUUUUUCCAUAAGCAUAGAAAUCAAAAUCAAGCCACGGCACGCCUGCGUGCUGCCCGCUGUGUGCAUUUUCCAGAGCGUCCACUUGCACUCCUGCGCUGUCACAGUGUUCUUCCUCCUUCCAAGGAGCUGUGAUGUCUUUCUUUUUCUUAUGAGUGAAAUUGUUUUCCCCACGGGGAGGGAGUGGAAGUUCAGAUUUCAGGGUACACGUAAAGGACCCCUGGUGUCUUUUCUCUUUGGUUUCUUCAGUCUGAUCUAACAUGAACGUUGUGUUAAUCUGAUUUUUUUAUUAUUGUUAAUCUGAUUUGUAAGGGUCUUUUUGUAUGUUACGUGUUCUGGGUUUAUUUAGCAUCCACCGACAAGUUCACAUCAGUCUGUUGCUGUCGAGUGGGCGGGACCACGGCACCCAUGGCCGCCAUCACGACCGAGGAGUGGCUUAAGGUGUGAUGUCAUGAUGCGCCUGGGCUUGACAGAAGCGCUAUGCAGAAAGCUGUGAAACCUCCUCUCUGUCCUUUGUGCACAGGCUGGCUUGUCUGUCCUGAAGUGUGGGUCGCAGGGCUCCUCCUAGCCCCAGCCUGUGACCCGUAGUGAUUGGGCAGCUGCUCCUCCGGCCUUCUCUGUGUUGUCAUAGUUUAAAUAAACUGUACAGUACCAG